AUGGCGAUGGACACGGUCGUUGGUGACGGUACUAGAGUCGAGGUAACAAAAGAGGAACUCGACGUUGGCCUGGCUACCGAUGUAACACUACCUCCAGGGGAAACAUCUGUCAGACUAGUUUGCGGUAGAGAUUGCGGUGCAGAAGGAGGCGAUGUCGGUGAUGAUGUCAAGCUUGAUGAGCUUGACGGAAUGCUUACAGCGGCCGUCGGACUGGACGUCAAGGUAGUCAAGAUCAAGGAGGUUGUGGUCUGGCUCCCUUGGACGGAAGAAGUUACACUACCCGAAGAGGCCGUGGAGACUGCGGAAGCCGUGCUUGUGGCCAAACUUGAAGACAAGGCUUGCGUUAUGGAAGAGCCUGAGGAUGAAAAUCCCGUCAAAGAGGUUCUAUCGCUGGUCGAAGACGGCAAUAUUGAUGAACUGCUGGUGUGUGCUGUUGUGCUUGCUGGAGGCGUAUUAGUUGCGUCGGCUGAGGACGUUGUACUCAAGAAAGUGGUGUUGCCCGUCGAUAAAGCUGUACUACUGCUGGACAGCAGACUCGUGGGAAGAACCGAGAACGUACUACUCAAAGUGGAUGUAAAAGUAGUCAUCGAGUCGGAAGAACUCAAUGUGGUUGUGCUGGAUGACGCUGCAGUCGUCGCAGUGUUGUUUAAUGUUGAGAUGUCUGUUGAUGAAAGUGAAGUGCUUGAGGGCAGAGAUGUCGUCGAUGAAGUGGAUAUACUGGGGCUCGAGCUUGCAACGGAAGUUGAAGAGGACGAAGAAUUGGUCGGAAAAAUUGAUGUUGUGAGCAAAGUGUCUGAUGUGGUGGUAUCCAAUAUAGAAGAUGAAGACGUGGUUGAAAGUGAAGAGGUUGAGGAGCUAGUUGUAUUUGCAAAAGGCCAGCUGGUUGAUGUCGAAGAAAGCUGCGUGCUGCUGCUUGUUUCGAGACUGCUGGUUGUUGAGAAGGAAGAUGUAGUAGACUCUGAAGAGGAUGACGUUUCGAUACUGGAAGUUGAGGUCGAAGAUGACUCAGUGCUAGUAUCUGAUGUUGAAGUCGAAGACGAAGACGAGGUUGAAGAGGAGGUUACAGAGGAAGUUGAAGAGGAAGCUGAAGAGGAGGUUGAAGAGGUUGAAGUUGAGGUAUCUGUGCUCAACUCUGAGGUUGAAGAAGAAGUGGAAGAGGCUGAAGAGGAGUUUGAAUAG